UGCGACAUAUAUAUAAAGGAACCAUUUAGGGUUUUUUGAUUACUCCUUGAGCGCAGUCGCCAGCCGGAACAAAACCGAAGAAGAACACAUCUCAGUGUAAAGGGAGGAAGAAGAUCUCUUCGCCGUCGCAGUCAUGGGUCGAAUGCACAGUAGAGGUAAGGGUAUCUCGGCAUCUGCUUUGCCGUACAAGCGUGCACCCCCGAGCUGGCUCAAGACUACCCCUACGGAUGUUGAUGAGUCGAUUUGCAAGUUUGCAAAGAAGGGUUUGACCCCGUCACAGAUUGGUGUCAUUCUUCGUGACUCUCACGGUAUUCCACAAGUGAAAAGUGUUACCGGAAGCAAGAUUUUGAGAAUCUUGAAAGCUCAUGGUCUUGCACCUGAGAUCCCUGAGGAUCUGUACCACCUGAUCAAGAAGGCUGUUGCUAUCCGCAAGCACCUUGAGAGGAACAGGAAAGACAAGGACUCUAAAUUUAGGUUGAUUCUUGUGGAGAGCAGAAUUCACCGUCUUGCUCGUUACUACAAGAAGACCAAGAAGCUCCCACCCGUCUGGAAGUACGAGUCUACUACUGCAAGUACUCUUGUGGCUUAAGAAAGAACAGGGUUGAUCAAGUCCUCCAAGAACGACCAUUUCAUUGUCUGCAUUUCAUCUAAAAGUUCUUUACCUUUGGACCUAUGGAUCUGUUUUCACUAGUUUUGAUGGGUUACAACUUGAUAUGAGAUUUUGAAUUUAGGAAACGAAUUUGUUUAUGCUUAAUCUUUCAGACUUGUUAAUGUCAGUUAUCGUUUCUCAAUGAGUUUUAUUUUACAGCU